AUGAACGGCCACGUCAACGGGACGCCCUCCCAGCUCCCAGACGAGAUGUUCGGCAUCAUCGAGGCCACCGGACAAGGCCUUGCACCUCGUCUAGGCCGACUCGCAUUACCCGGUAGACGAGUGAUUGACACGCCUCACUAUCUCGGCAACACCUCACGUGGUGUCGUACCACACAUCACCCAAGACACCUUCGUUCGAGAUACCCACAUCAACGCCGUCUACGUAGCCCUCGAAGACUUCAUUGAGAAGGCACCGCGCGAUACGCCGCCAUUGUAUAACUUUCGAUCGCCAGAUGGAGCAUCAUCGCUGAGACGAUUCAUUGCUCUGCCGGAGGAUACAUUGCUGGUGCUGGGGACAAGAAGGACUCCGCCAGUGCUGGCCCCAGCUGCGAAUUCGAACACCGACAAGACCAUUGCGAUAGGCACAUCUGUGGGCUUUAGGACGCUCGCAGCUGCGGACUAUGCGGAUGGCGUGGAAGGGUUGGGUGCAGACAUCGUGGUGGGCUUGGGCGACAUACCAUAUGGACGAACACCGGGCAAUAAGAGGAUCGAGAAGGCUACGGACCGAAGCAUAGCAUGGCUGCAGGAUCAUGUCCUCCUUCGCAAGGAGAAAGAGGCGAAACACCAGGCCAAGCUCUUUGCUUCUCUGCUACCGGUAUCUUGCGCCGAGCAGCAGUAUUACAUCGACAAGAUCGAGGAACUGGUCGACGAUGUGUCUGGACUUGCAAUACACGACACGAGCUCGCUUGAAGGCCUCCCGGAAGACCUCUGGCAUCUCCCACGACUAGGGUACACAGAACCUGCCAGUCCACAUGAUAUUUUGCGGCAAGUAGGACUCGGUAUCGACAUAUUCGCCGUGCCCUUCAUCACCGCUGCCACAGAUGCAGGUAUUGCACUGGACUUCAGCUUCCCGAGCAAGCAAGAAGCUACCUCCAAUGGCAGAGAGCCAUCAGCACUCGGUAUCGACAUGUGGUUACCCACGCAUGCAGUUGAUGUGUCCCCGCUAUCGGCCGAAUGCGAAUGCUACGCAUGCACCAACCACCACAGAGCAUACCUUCAGCAUCUCCUUGCCGCGAAGGAAAUGCUCGGAUGGGUGCUGCUGCAAAUCCACAAUCAUCACGUCAUCGAGCUAGUUUUCGAAGGUAUACGAAGCAGCAUCGCCGCCGGCACUUUUGAAGAUGAUGUGACCGGUUUCAGCAACGUCUACGAGAGCAGUCUGCCGGAGAAAACCGGUCAGGGGCCUAGAAUACGAGGCUACCAAUUCAAAGCGGAAGGGCCAGGAGAACCAAAGAAGAACAAAGCUCCGUACAGCUCACUCAAUGAUGCGAAAGAGAAGCUCGCUGAGGCCACACCACCGAGCCGAGAUGAAGCAGUGGCUGGCGCCGAUGGGCUCGAAGCUCAAGGCUUUGCUACGAAGCAAGAAUGA